AUGGCGGAGAUCCCGCUACGCGCGCUGCCGGUGGACUGGCGCGGCGAGGAGGUGCUGUCGCUGCACGAGGAGUGCUUGAUACCGGGCUGGCACUUUUUCUAUAGAGGGGACCGGAUCUACCCGGUGCACCGGUUCCUGCUGCAGCGCAACGUGCGGGUACAGUUCCUGAACAUCGUGAAGAAGAACCUCUGGUGCGAGGCGCUGUCCAUCAAGUUCCAGAAGGCGCUCAGCAACCUCGGCUUCUUCGGCUUCUACGACAAGAGCGGCUGCACCUGCGUCAGGGACCCCGAUAGAAUGGCUCAGCCGUGCCAUGGCAUGUACGGGGCGCCGCUGGUGUGCCGCGGCAAGGCGGUGGCGAUGCUGAUGGCGCCGGACGCGCAGUGGACCAACUGCACCGGCAUGAGCAACCUGGUGCACCUCCUUGGUGCCCCAUACCUCAAGAGAUUCAUGGAGUGCGUCAACGUGCUGUUCGAGCCGGACCUCAUGCCGGACUGGAAGACCAUGAAGAAGCAGAUCUUCGAUGACCCGAGCCACGACCAGUACGACUACGUGCCGGCGCUCUACGACAAGCUCACGCUCGGCUCCAGCGAGUCCGACACCGCGGAGGAGUGAGCGCUCGCCACUCGCCGCCCAGCGCACUCCUUAUACUUCAACCACACCAACGCGUGCAUCAAAGGCCAAUGACAGGUCGCUUGACCCAUGACAGUUCACGCGACCUGUUAUUUCCCUAUGAUCGCGCCGGCGAUGGCGAUGUGCACGCGUUGGUGUGGCUGAAACUUUAGGCGGGUUUUAGACUCGCGCUGAUCGCUCGCUGAUCGUCGGCGCUUUCAGAUCAAUACGUUACUGAGUGACGCGUCAUUCAUUUCGGCUGUUAGCGCUGACGGUCAGGGUGCGUCAGCGCGAUUCUAAAGAUUCCAGGUUUAUACCCUGUUGCUAGCAGUAGUAGCAUGCAAAUUAUGACUGUUUUGAUAUUUAUGAAGUAGAGCCUUACAAGUAAAGCUA